CAUCAAGUAACUAUAAAACUACGAUUCAAUAAUAAUUACAUAACUGUCACUCAUCAACUAAUUACAUAACUGUCAUUCAACGAACUAAUUACAUAAUUGUCACUCAUUAGUAAUUAUAAAACUAUUUGAAGCCCAUGAUAAAAAACGAAUUUGAAAUUUAAUUUUGCAAAAUGAAAGAUAUUAACCAAGUCCAUGGAUAAUCACAAUCUUAUUAUGCAUAAUUCAGUGGGCCCAACAUUAGUAAGCCUUGAUUGGAUCCGACUUAGUAAGCCUUGAUUCGGCCCGACCCAAUAAUAGUUUUCUACAGUGCGCCAUUUUUAAUUUUUUUUGGGAUAGAAAUUCUACAGUGCGCCAUAAAUAGAAGAAGUAGCGUGUAAUUGUAUGAGUCUCUGAUUCCCGCUCGAACCAAAUUAACUGCAAUCACUCGAUUGAGUAUAGGGAAAGCAGAGAGAGAGAGAGAGAGAGUCACAUUCGAUUCUCUAGAAUCUCUCCCGACACAAGCCAAACCCUAGUUCUAAUGCUUCACGAAAGAAUCAGAGAUUAGCAGCUUAUCACAUUCCGAAAACCAACCUUCUCCGGGGAAGACAAGAGCGCUAUAAAUGAUGAUUUUUACUUUGUAUUCUAGGUAGAAUUUCAAUUUUAGGGUUACGGUGAGUUGGAUUUCCCUUUUUGGGUUUAUAAUGAUUCGGAUUGUGGAGAGGGAGGAUGACUGUUAUGAUGAGCCUCGGUGUUCAAAUGUAUCCAUGUUGUGUUUGUUUCCCCCGCUCACAAAAAUCGAGAGCCCGAGAAAGAGCAUUUCUUACAAUAAACUUCAUCAGCGGCCACUCAAGCUCACUGUUUUCAAAUUGGAUGGCUCAUCUUUCGGAAUUGAGGUGUCAAAGACGGGAACAGUGUGGGACGUAAAGCAGGCAGUGGAAGCAGCAUUUUGUCAUUUGCCGAAGAAGGGGCCUGGUAGAGUUUCAUGGGAACAUGUAUGGGGACAGUUUUGUCUUUGUCACGAGGGCCAGAAGUUACUGACUGACAGUGAAUGUAUCAGAAUGUUCGGCAUUAAGGAUGGUGAUCAGCUGCAGUUUAUUCAUCAUGCUUCCAAUUUGGUGAGGAUACAAUCAGAGAGAGAGGACUCUGAUUCGGAUCAUAAACCUGUCAUUUCAAACGACAACAGGGGUGGAGGGAAAAAUGGUGAGAAAUAUGACAGUAAUCGUAUGGAGAUUGUAGAUGACAAUCGAGGUGAUGAUGUCAUAUCACGUCGUGAGUACAGGCUUACUCACUUGUUCAGGGGUUGGUUCCCAUAUCGUAAAUUGACCAGCUCCAACAUGAGAAUCCAAGAGAGGAGGACCAAUUCAUCGAGAUUUUCGUACAACAUGCUUGGAGGUUUCAAGAAUUGCUUACGACCACCUUCCAGCAAUAAAUACGUAUCUCACAGACAAACUUGGAAAGGAAGGUAAUUCUUGGAACUCGCUGCUCAAAUUAAACAAUGGGGUCCAAAGCUAAGUUGGAACUUAACUUCCAUGCGAGUCCCAGUUGGUCAAGCGGGUGAUGGUCUCCAUUAUGAUGUAUGUUAGAUACCGAUUAGUUUGGGCACUAGAAUAGACAAAUUUUUGCCCUUCACUUUGUAUACAGAGUUAUGAAAAUAGCCUACUCCAUUCGGACAAACAGUUUUGCCAAAGUCAAGAAUUCAUCAUCAUCAUCAUCAUCAUCCAUCUCUUCAUGUUUGCUGUUUGCUGUUUGCUGAUGGAACAAAAAGGACUACUUAUUGUAGUUUAACUUUUGAUUUUUCAUAAUUGCUUGUAUUUUUACUUGUUAUGUGAAAAAGGAGUUGCUGCUA